CCACGCCAUCUCUUCCUCCCUUCUCCCUUUCUUUGUAGUAGUUGGUGCAGCAGCCUUCCUCCAUUCCCAGCAUGCUUCGUGGCUGGUGCUGGCAGCAAGGUCCUCAAAAUCCCAUCCAAGCUGCAGCCAAUUAUGCCAAUGCACACCCUUGGCAGGAGAUUGACUGGGCCUCUCCUGGGGUUGCAUAUUUCCCCCUAGUGGAUCCCUGGAUUGAGCAUCCCUGUUGUGGGGACCCUGUGUGUGUGCACAUAACCAUGGAGCAGAAGAGCACAGUGGAUGGUGAGGCCACAGAAAGGGGUCCCCCUGCCAUGCCUGGCCCAUGACCCCUUAGGGUGGACUUCCCCUGGGUGCCAGGCUCAGACCCAGGCACCUUUGAUGGCUCCCCCUUGCUGCUGGACCGCUUUUUGGCUCCUGGUGAUUACAUGUCUUUCCGCUUUGAGCACUACCAGGACAACCUCAGGCGUAUCUGCAAAGUCCUCGGGUGCCUGACAGGCCGAGCUUGGGCAUGGGCAGCCCCCUACCUUGAUGGGGAUAUACCCCUGCUUGAUGAUUAUGAGCGCUUUUGCCAGGAUUUCGAGGAGGUUAUUCAGGACCCGAACAGUUUUUCUGAGUACCAUGCUGCAGUGCCCUGCCCCUUGCCCACCUUGAGCCAGCCUCCAGUGACCCCACAGCUGCCUGUGGUGAGGCAGUACCUAGCUAGGUUCUCAGACACUCUGGCACUCAACAUGGGUGCUACCCCCAGGCCUGUCCCAGCCACUCUGGCCAUACCUGCUGUUCCUAGUUCCAACUCUGCAUUCAGAAAUGCUCUGCCUGAGCAGCAGCUGGCCAAGGAAAGCAGCCCUGGGCCUGCUGAGCCUCCUGCCUUGUCCAGUUCUGCAUGCAGCACCAAACCUGGUCUGGUGGGGCCAGCCUCCUCCCAGCCAAGGGAGGGGGCACCCAAAUCUGUCCUUGUACUUCCAGAAUCUGCUAACUCCCCCGCCCAGAAACUAGAUCCAGCUCUCCCAGGGAGUCCAGAGCCCCAGCAGAGAGAGGAGGAGGUUUCUGAGGCAGAGGAAGACCAGGAGGCAUCUUUAGAUGACUCACAGGGGGUAGUGGACACCCCAGAGAUGCCAGGAGAGCCACCAUUUUCUCCUGCUCUCCAUCCUGCAGCCCUGGUUUCUAAACAGGGUCCAGGCAGGUGCAGCAGUGGCCCUCGUGAUGAAGUGGCCCACAUAGCCAAGGAGCUCCACAGCCCCCCAUCAAGACAAAGUGGCAUUGCCAGGUGACUUUAGACAUAGUGCUGCCGUGUGCUGCGCUGUCCACUUGCCCCAUUGCUGGGUAGGAGGUGCACCUGUUUGGUCUCUACCUUGUCUGAGUACAAACGACCCCCUCGCCCACCACAGGAGAACAUUGGCCUCUGCCCUGUACUCAGUCUGUGAUUUCCCUGGUGGCCCAGAGGCUGCUUUGUGCUAGGCUCUCUAUAGCAUCCCCGCAGCUGCCCUGGGAGGACCAUCUCACCCGGGUUUGUUCCUACUAGUUGGGCAGAGUUCUGUAGAUCGGUCCCCAUCAGAUAUUUGCACUAUCUUUGUAAACCCUACCCACCCAAGCACACACAAACUACCCCCCUCCCCCAAAUCCUGGCUGCAACUGCACUGUCUGUCAUGCCAGCCCUGGAUCUGGUCCCUGGAUGGUCUUUGCUUUGUUCCUUUCCCCCACAAUCUGCUUUCCGUGGGCUGCCCUCUGGGCUGGAAUUGAAGGAAGGUUGCAUGGAGGAAGCGGCCACUCUCAUUGUGGAGUGUGAGUCGGAUGGUCUUGGUGGAGAAAGAUGCUUUUCUGUGGGUUUGUCAGUAGCCCUGGUCAGCUGGGAAGGCUCAGUACAGGAAGAGGAGAUUCAGGCCACCUUUUAGUCUCAACUGCAUUCCAGGCAUUUUUUCCCUCUGUAUGUUAACAUUCUAGUCACCUGGUUUUCUUGGAUUUUUCAUCUCAGUGCCUUUACGCCUGCUGCCCUCCCACUUUUCAACAGCCCCUGCCCUCUUGCCCACUCUUGCACAUUGCUAAUUCAGCACCUAAACCCUCACACUACAUGACUUGUACCUCAGGGUAGACUGUGAGCCUCUAGGGCAUGGGCUCCAUCUUAGCUUGUGUCCUGGUACACAACCGGUGCUCAUUAAAUGUGUGUUGAAUCCAUGGCUGAGCCUGCGGUGUGGUGACUGCUGACAAGCAGAGCCUGUUCCACUGGCAGCAACACUGGGCCCAUUACAGGGAGGCUAGGCCCCAGCCACGAGCA